GUCUUUGUCGCACAUGAAAAAAAGUAUCACGCAUUUGCGAGACGUGAAUUUUAAUUUCGUUUUUUGUGUGAUUAAAAAGCAAGAGAAAAUUUAUUUACCAUAUGUGUAGCAUGUUACCAGUUUGUGUGCAAGUGUAUUACUUAUGUGGGUGCAGUUUUUAGAGCGCUAUUGUAAAACUACAAUUAACUAGGCCAGUUAACUUUGAGUUGCAGUGAACAACGUUUGCGAGCAAUUAUAUAAAAAAAAGGUAAGUUCCAAAAAGGUUAAGGUGCUCCCACUGAAGCGUACGUAGGCAUUACGAUUUAUACUAUGUCCGAUGCGAUGAGCGCACCGCCGCCAUUAAUACCUCAACUACAAGAAAUGCAGCAGCAGCAACAACAACACCAGGCAGCCAACUCUGCCGCAGCGCAGCAAUGGAACAACUAUGCUUGGUGGCAACAAUAUGGAAAUAAUGCUGCCGCCUAUCAGCAGCAAUAUUAUCAAUAUUAUAUGCGCUGUCAGCAACAACAACAGCAGCAGGUAACUUCAACGAUUACUUCAACGAAUGCUCCGCCAGGUUUUAGCAAUGCGCUGGCUCCGCCACCACUGCCUACAGCGGCGCCACCACCGCCGCCGCCACCAGCUGUGAAUAAAAAUCAACAGCAACAUCAAAUGCAGCAGCAGCAGCAACAACAGCAGAAAAAUUUUGGAGGCAUACGUUUCAAUUUAAAUUUUAAUCAGAAACGCUUGGGCACUGCGCCUAAUCCGCUUCAGCUGCAGCAGCAACAACAACAACAGCAGCAGCAGCAGCAGCAGCAGCAGCAACAAAUGCAACAUUACAAUAACAAUGCCAACAAUAACAAAAAGAAGCGCAAGCGCAACAAUAAAAACAAUAUGAACAACAAUUUUAACAAACAACAACAGCAACAACAACAGCAGCAGCAGCAGAUGCAACAAGCUGCGUCACCUAGUUAUCCAACGGUGGGCAUGUCUAGUAAUCCUUUUGGUAUGCAGCCAGUUCCACAAGUGCCAGAUUUGAGCAAGCCGCCACCACCGCUUCCUAAUGCAACUGCAGUGGCACCGCCACCGCCUCUCAUCGAAGCCACGUCCACGCCUGUGGCCAAUUCCACAUCCUCCCCCUUUAAACGUCCCAGUAGUGGCUUCCAAAUGGCCUCCACCGAUUGGUCAGACUCUUUGAACAAUUACGUUGCGCGGUGUUAUUCCAAGUGCACCACAGACUUGGACAAGGAUCAAAUUGAGAUUUGUCUAAAGGGCAAAAUAAUGGCUGCUGCCAGUCGCAAUGAGCUGUGGACACGUGAUUGGGACAAUGAGCCUAUGCCCACUGUGCACAGUGAACGCGAUGGUAUCGAGGUGGUGCUCAGCAAGGUGACACCAACGCAGCCACAACGUAGCAACUACUUUAACAAAAAGCAACAACAACAGCAGCAGCAGCAACAGCCACAACCACAACAACAACAGAAGCAAAAGUUGGCAAAUGGGCAGUUUAAGCAAAAGAAUAAUGCCUUUAAUAAAUUUGGAAAUGGUCAGCAAUACUCCAGAAGUCGAUCGCGUUCACCCUCGUCCACAUCGUCGACUUCGAAAUAUAGCAAUAACAACAAAAAGCGUUAUACGCGCUCCCGUUCCCCUUCACACUCUCGUUCACGUUCGCACUCACGCUCACGCUCCCGUUCGCGCUCGCGUUCGCGCAGCAGUAGCGUCAGUCCGCCGGCACGCAAGAUACAACGCAAGACAGGUUCCCAAGACACUUUGGCCAGCGAUUAUAUACCACUGAAUCCAAACUUGUCCAAGAAGCAACAGAAAAUGCUAAUGAAGCGCAAUAAGCGCGCUGCAGCAAUCGCUGCCGCAGGUGGCGCAACUGGUGCAGCCGCUGGUGGUAACAGAAAGAAGACGCCACAUUUCUUUGCAGCGUCGUCGGUGGGCGGCGCCGUUGUUGAUGACACAGCGCGCUUGCAACAGCGUGCGGCACGUUUCUCACAGUCGGGCAGCAGCUCGACUAAGAAAUCUGUCGUCGCCAUUGCAAGCUCCCCGUUCGGUCUCACCACGGCCAAGCAUAAGAAGAAAUUUGGCAACGCGUCGCGUUCAAUGUUCUAUGAGGAUGAUGGAAGCGCGGGCGCGUCGGGAAUAGAUUUACUCAAUUUACAUAUUGUAGGGACAUGUAGGGAUCUCGAAAAGUCUUUUCUGCGCCUAACUAAGGCGCCCUCUGCAUUCGAAGUGCGACCAGCCGAUGUGCUUGUCCAUUCGCUUGCCAACGUCAAGAGCAAAUGGCUGAACAAUCAGGAUUAUCACUAUGCGUGUGAUCAGUUGAAGUCCAUACGUCAGGACUUAACGGUGCAAGGUAUUCGCGAUAAAUUCACAGUUGAUGUUUAUGAGACACAUGCACGCAUUGCAAUGGAAAAGGGCGAUCAUGAGGAGUUCAAUCAAUGCCAGACACAACUAAAGAUGCUUUACCUAGAGCUGGGAAACAGUAGCAAUUCCCUUGAGUUUACCGCCUAUCGCAUUAUUUAUUAUAUUUUUACAAAGAAUACCUUAGACAUCACCACUGUCUUGCGUUCGAUUACAACUGAUCAGCGCGAGAAUCCAGCGAUUGCGCAUGCUCUAGAAUUUCGUUCGGCCUGGUCGCUGGGCAACUAUUGCAAGCUGUUUGCUUUAUAUAAGACGGCGCCGCUCAUGUCCGGGCACAUGAUUGAAUGGUUCUUGGAGCGCGAACGCAAGGCGGCACUGCGCAUUAUUAUUAAAUCCUAUCGCCCCAACGUUAGCGUCGUUUAUAUUACAAAUCUGUUGGCGUUUGAGAACGCUGCCAAGUGCAAAGAGUGGCUUGAUACCUUCAGCUUGCCUUAUGUCGCCGAUGGCGCACAGAUUGAUUGUAAAAACGCUGCUGCCAUUGCCAUUUGAAGCUGAGGUGCCAUGUCUAUGUGUGAGCUUAUCUUCAUAUUCAAAGGAGUAUGCAAAGUGCUUGGCUUCAUCAGUCGACGACGGCAAGCGCUUUUCACCAAAACCAAUCAAACAAACUCAAUACAGAUGACCCAACUACACGAUAUCCGUUGCAGCGACGCUCAGUUCUCAGAGAGUGUUCCACGGUAUCGUUGCGGCCAACUCUCUUUUUGUUUCCUCCACCCCUUCUCUAACUCGUGUCAGUUAAACGCUUAACUGAUUUGCCUAGUGCGCGUGCCCCUGCGUUUAGCUUAGGAUUCGUUUACAAUGAACUUUAAAAACCUACUCUCAAUGCUCGCUUGACCCCUCUCCUUUCCCACUUCACACUCAGUUUAAACAAACAUCUGCAACAACAACAGCUGCAACAACUCAUAAACAAAACAACAACAAGAAAUCAUCGGUUCAUGUCACAGCUUAAUGUUCAGCAUUCAUCAUGGGAUUCUUCCAUCGAUUCUGCGUUAAUCAGACCUUAAAGGAUUUCAAUGAAACCGUCAGCAUAUGCUUAAAGUCACCAAGGACUCGGCAACGCACAGACAGAAGAUUGUCAGCUAGAAAGAAAGUCCAAAUGGAAAUUUCCUCCACCAUGAAGACACACAUUUGGAUCUAUUUAGGAAUCGACGUCAUCACUUAAAUAACUCUUCACUUAGGUUGAGGACCACUUAUGAUGCAGUCGUAUAGCUUCAGGAAAUGCUAUUUUAGGUUCAACAAGGAUUUGUGAAGCGCUUCAAGGAAUUUAAGCAGCAUCUAUGGUUAAAAUUGUUUUAGGUUCCAGCUCAAAACAAGGACUGCAAUUGGAGUUUUCAACGAAACGACAACUUUAUCCGCAGCUUCUAGUCAACCAUCUAAUGGAUUUUUCUAUAAAAAGGAUAAGCUGCAUUUCUUUGGAUGAAAUUUCUACAACAGACUUCAAUGUGAUUUUAGCUAAAUGCAAAUGUGAUUUUAGCUCGGACAACGAAACUUUUUUGCACAGAGUUAGCUGUAACACAAAUUCGGCAUAACUGCAAAAUAAGUUUCAUUAUAAUGCUUUACCUCAGCAAGUCCUUCCGAUUUAAUCUAAAAUGUGGGUUUUCGAAUCUUACAAAUGAAAGCUGAAAACUGAACUGAAGUGCAAUGUGAUGAAAAUUUGAACUGUGUAUGAACUUUCAAAAUGCAAACUCUAAAAAAGAAAUUCUAAAUAAUAUUACAACUAAAUAUAAUCACAAACUAACACAAUAUAAUAAUCUAACACGAUUAAUACACAAGCUUAAACGGAGACCUCAGACAGAGAUACUGCGAGUUACGCCGGAAAACGUGUAUUUUCUUUUCUAUUUUUCCUUCCUCCCCUUUACCCCAUACAAUUUUUACUUUUACUUAAUU